AUGGGGGUGUGGGGGCUCUACUCCACCACUCCUGGAGGAACCCUGUUCAGCACGACACCUGGUGGGACCAGGAUCAUCUAUGACCGUAAGUUCCUGCUGGACCGUCGCAGCUCUCCACUGGCCAAGACUGCUCCCUGUGGACUACCAAACAUUCCAGGAGUGACCAGUCCUAAAGAACCCAAUAUGAAAGCCUGUAGUGGAGAACUACUGAACAACAAUGAUGUCACUGCACCUGACAGUAACAACACUAGUGAUGACGCACAGUUUGAGAUGUACAUCUAA